GAUGUUAAUACACAAAUUGCGCUUUAUGUGUUCGGGUUUCGAGUAGCAUAAGCUCUUCAUCUUUGCUAAUUAGCGUCCACGUACAGAUGACAGUUUUUUCACUGAAUGGCUGACGAAUGAAGAGUCGUGCAUCUGGUUUCUGUCACGUCUCUUCUCAGUCGUGUCUAUAUAAGCUCACAGUCUAGCUAAAAUAAUUUAAAUGUGGCGGUUUGUGUGAUUUUGUAAUGACGCCGUGGGAGGCGCAGCGUGGAGCCAACUCUACGUCCUGUUACUAGGCAACCGCACAUAGCGCGUGAUAUUCCUGCGCUUUUCCUCCGGAGCUCGUUCACUUGAUUUCAUCUCCAGGUAAAUAUCUGAAUGGCAGGUAGUGACGCUGCGAAGGCGAUGUUGUGCUCUCGAGUACAAUGAAGAAAAUAUUCAACUUUGCCAAGAAGAAGAAGUCAUCAACAGGGACCCCCGACAAUGGCAGCGUGCUCUCUGUCGGAUACGAACUGAAAGACAAGGACCUGGGGAAAGUGCACAAGGCGGCAUCUGUGGGAGACUUGGCCAAAUUAAAACAACUAGCGACCAAACAAAAAAAUGACCUUAAUCAGCUGGAUAAGGAAAACAGAACUGCACUUCAUAUUGCCUGUGCUGCUGGACAUGUUGAAGUGGUACAGUUCCUUGUUGAAAGUAAAGCCAAGCUUAACCUAUGUGACAAUCAAAUUAGAUCCGCCUUAAUGAAGGCAGUGCAGGGGCAGCAUGAGAGCUGUAUAAACAUCCUCCUGGAGAAUCAUGCUGACCCAAACCUGGUAGACAUCAAUGGUAACACAGCACUGCAUCUGGCAGCCAGCAUCCCCUCUGUGUCCACUGCAGGACUGCUCCUGGAGCAUGAAGCCAACAUAAAUGCCCCAAACAAGGAGGGCCUCACACCUUUGACUGUGGCUGUCCGAGAAGAUCAUAAUGAGAUGGCAGAGUUUCUUCUAAAAGAAGGCGCAGAUGUCAACGCUACUGAUGACAAUAAAAGGUCACCAUUGAUGAUGGCUGCUGGAAAUGGCCAGUAUGACAUGCUUCAGCUGCUUUUACGUUACGAAGCAGAUAUCACACAAAAGGAUGACAGAGGAUGGUCUGCUGAUGACUACGCUAUAAAUAAUGGUCACCAUGCUUGUUCUCAUCUCAUCGAUAAUCAUGCUACUCAAAAAAGUGAUGGGACGUCUUUAUUACAUCAAGACCAAGGCAAAAGUAAGAAAAAAUUGUCUGGAGCCUCCCAACGUGCCGAGGCGAGCUUCUCUCUGGGUGGACCAGCCAUCGACAAAGACGAACAAGGAGAAAAUCAAGCAGGGGGAGAUUUUGAGGACAUCUCCCAAUCAGAGUCUGUGAGUCGUGUUUCCAAAAGUGGUGCUGAUGAUUGGCCCUCUUCAGAUAAUGAUGACGAAUCUCCCAUGAUUCAAAAGAAACCCAAGAAAUUCAACCUAAGACAAAUGUUUGCAUCCAAAGCAGGAGGAGCCUCGGCGCAGCUUGACACUUCUCUUAGUGGUGUAGAGUCUGAGCCCGAGCCUGAGCUAGUCCCCCAGACCGCUCCACCUCUCCCCAAGGCCUUACCCUCCACCAGCGCCCCAUCCAACCCAGUAGACCCCCACCCAGAGACGCUCCCUUUCAAGCCCCCACGGAUGAGCUCCACCCCUCUGUCCAGCUACAACAAGAAAGAAAUCUCAACUGAUGAUGACAGUCAAACUGAAGACUUGGAGGAACAGGGUGAAGAGGAGGAGUCUGAGGAAGAGGAGGAGGAGCCUGAGGAGAGUGACCACUCCCACGACGCAGCUUCCACCAUCCCUGAGACGGACACCUCCAAAGACAAAAAGAGAGAUUUCAUGUCUGAGUUGGGUCUUAAAAAAGAUGAACCAGUGCAGGACUCUUUGGACUCUGAGUCUGACUUGGAUGAUGUCAAUUUACUCCAUGAAAAGAAAGAAAACAAAACCGUAAAUCAAGAGGAAGCACCCACAGGCAAAGAAAAUGAAGACGAAAUUAACAGCAGUGAAGUAACUCAUGAUCAAGACAAAGAGGAUCAAGGGGAAAGUUUACCUAAAGAGACCGAAAAGGCAAAAUGGGAACCACUUUUAAACAAACUGGAUGGCGUUCCAGACCAAAAGACAGACUUAAUGGAAGAACUGGGAUUAGGAGACGCAGAUGAUCUUGCAGAUGCCUCCGACUGGGACUCGGCCAGCACCACCAGUAAACACACUCUUCCUGGAGGGCGCAGGAUGCCUUCUCCUGGUAUCGAGGAGUUCCCAGAAUCCCCUGAACCUCCAAAGACGGCGGAGGUCCCUAAAGCUGCUCCACCAGUCACUCCUCAGAGAAGCUUCAACUCCAGAUCAGCUAGCACGGCCUCUCCAAGCGCCCCCCACCCACUGCCACGGGCCAGGAAGAUCACCCCCUCCAAAUCUGACAGCCAAGAUGAGUCAGACUGGGACUCCGACCGGCAAAGUGACAAUCACAUGAUGGAGACAGUUUAUCAGGAGGCCUUAGAUCAAGCAGAUUCCCCAGAGCCAAAUGCAGCAAGAACUGAGUGUCCUGAAGAGACUGUGGAGCAGGAGGAGGAGGAGCCUGUGGCACGCAAAAACAUCACCAUAGAGACGGCAGCGGAGGAGCAGCGUCUGUCCACAUCCCAAGAGCAAAGUCCCACUCAAAAUGUGGGAUCUGGGAAACCUGAGCCUGGAAGAGGAUUCAGGGAAGAGUUGACAGAGCAGACACCUCCACAAGAACACAAGCCUGUGGCCAGUAAACGCACCAACGGAGCCCCAGCCCAGUCCUUCUGUCCCCAGAUGCACCGCAGCAGGAGACAGCACCCUCAGGACGCUCAGGAGCCCAGAGCACAGGGCUUUAGACAUGUUAAUGGAAACCCUCUCUCUGUGUUUGACGAUAGCUCUUUAAGUGACGUGUCCGAGGAUGAAGGAAGAAUGCCAAAACAAGUUCAGAAAAAUGAGCAUUCUGAGGAGGUGGAGAUGGCGGAGGACUUUGAUGAUCUGACUCAGUCCUCGGACACGGCCACGGACGACCUGGACUCUCCGUCAGCAGGAUACAGACACGCCGCUCUGCUGGUGGACAAGCUCGACUCCACCUCUCUGGACUCCAGAAACAUGGUGAAGCUACAGAACAUUUUCCACGAGUACGAGCGCACCAUUCAGAAGCUGAAGAGCCGCCACAGUUACCUGUCCGACAAAGUGAACCAGCUGGAGAUGGAGAGAGUGGACAUGAAAAACUCACUGGAGGAAAUCAAAGAAGUCAAGUCCACCCUGGAGCGCAACCAGCUCGAACUACAGACCGAAGUCACUAACCUCAAAUUUCAGCUGAAGCAAGAGCAGGAGAACCGCCGUAAUGCCACAAUGAUGUACAACACCACUAAAGACAAGCUCAAGAGGACAGAAGAGCAGCAACAACUGGAGGUCCAAGAAAAACAAAAGGUGGAACUCACUCUGAGAAACCUGGAGCUGGAAAUGAGGACUCUGGUCAACAACAUGAAGCAGCUCGAGGAGGACCACAGUGAGACUCAGAGGCUGCUGGCUCAAGAGCGCAGUGCACGGGCUCUUCAGGAAAACCUCCUCAAUGGACAUUUGCGAAAACAACAGGAGAUCGAGGCGGAGAACAAACGGAAUAUUAGCAAAAGCAAUGAGGCUUUGUCUCAGCUCACAGAGGCCAGUGACCGGGAGAGAGAGCUCCUACAGCAGACGUCCUCACUCCAGGAGCAGAUCAGCAUCCUGAGAGCAGACCUAGAGCGCUCUCAGGCCAACAGCAGCCUGAAGGAGAGCCAUCUUCUGGAGGAGAAUGAGACCCUCAAAGAGCAGCUAGAAGAUUCCCGCAGAGAGGUGAAAGCAAACAGUGAAGCCCUCACCCAAACAGUGUUCAACUGUAAUAACCAGCUCACAACACUGAAGUCUGAACUGGCCAUCACGACAAACCGCUUUGAAAAUGAGAAGCAGGCUCGAGAAACAUUGGAGAAGGAGGUGGAAUCAACUCGUACUCGUCUGACUGGGGCCGUGCAGGAGGCCGAGCGGUGCAUGGCAGCCACCGCAGACACUGAAAAGGCUCUGCUCAGAGAGAAGGAGGAGAGCCAGAGGCUGAAGGACAGACUCACAGCGGAGGGUGCCAGUCACCGUGAGGCCGUGAGCACUCUAACUCAGAAGCUGUCCAAAGCAGAGGCCCAGGCCAACAGUCUGGAGAACGAGGUGCACAGAGUCACGCUGCAGCUCACAGAGAAGGGGCUGCUGCUGGACGUUCUGCAGAAGGAGAAGGACGCUCUGGGGGCAAAGGUCAAAGAUCUGGACAAGGCUCUUCAGACUCAGAAAGAAUUAGCCACAAAAACAGGAGCACGCCAUGAGGCGACACAGGAGCGUCUGGCCCAAGCCCAGAGUGAAGGCAUGUUACUACGACAACAGCUGGAGGAGGCUAAUAACAAAGGAGACGCCAAAGAGAAGGCUGUGACCCACGCACAGGAGCGCUUCAGUGACAUGUUGUCCAAGCUGCGCUCUGACUGUGAGGAGAGGGUCCAGCUGGUGGAGGAGAGGAACAAGGAGCUGGCCAGUAAGGCUGCAGACCUCAGAGACCAGGUCUACAAGCUAGAGGAGGAGAAGAACGACAGAGAGACAAAUCUGCGGCAGCUGCAGCAGGAGCUGGCUGACUCUCUGAAGAAACUAUCCAUGAGCGAAGCCUCUCUGGAGGUCAACACUCGUUACCGUAACGACCUGGAGGAGGAGAAGGCCCGGAUCCUCAGAGACUCAGACAGACUCAGAGAAAAGCUGGCUGAGAGUGAGGACCAGUACGUGCAGGCUGAAAAGCGCUACAACUCUCUGAAGAGCAACUUUGAUGAUGCGGAGAAGGAACUCGCUAUAACAGCUCAGAGACUCCAGGAGGCGCUGUCUGCUUCAGCUGCUUCUGCUGCCACCAUCAAACAACUGGAGGAGGCUGUUCAGAGGUUGGAGAUUGAAAAUGCAAAGCUGGAGGCAGCGGCAAAACAACAGUCAAAUAAAAUUGAAGCUCUACAAAAAGGGGCUCAGGAGGCGGCCUUGCUGUCUGACUGGUCUCCUGAGGAUGGGGUGCAGAGGCAGAGCAUGUUGUCACACACAGCCCAGGACUCCCAGGCCUUAUGGGAGCAGGAAGUGAAGAGUCGCUCCAAGCUGGGCCUUCGGUUGUCAGAGCUGGAGAAGGAAAAAGGAGAGCUCACCUCACAGAUUGAAAUAGAGAAGAAAAAAGUAAAGAAAAUUUCAGAGCAGAAAAAAGCAGCGGAUGCUCGUCUUGACCAAGAGAUCAGCAGGAACUCAGAUCUGCAGAAAGAAAUGUACAGGCUGCGUACAUUAUUGAAAACAGCCAAGAAGAAAAUGCGUGACCAGGACAUGGGAGCAGAGUUUAAUUCUCCCAUGAACAGUCUGAGGAUGGAGAUGAGCCGACUCAACCAGGACCCUCGGAAGGCGGAUGAUCUCCAGGUGCAGCUGGACAGGGAGAGUCUGCGCCGCAGUCAGCUGGAGAAGGAGAACAGCGACCUGCGGGAGGAGCUAGCGAGCCUGAAACACUCAGGGCAGAACAGGCAGAGGACAGAGGAGGAGCUGCAGGAGCUCAGGCGACAGAUAGAGGGCGCACAAAGGGAGCAGAGUCAGGCUGAGGAGAGAGCCAGACAUGAACUGCAGCACAAACUGGAGCAGGUCAACCUCUUCCUGCAGACACAGGCGGCCUCUCAGGAAGCUCUGGACCAGAUCAAAGCGGCCAAUCAGGCGUCAGUGCAGAGUCAGCUGGAGCAGAGGAUCAGGGAGCUGGAGGCAGAAGUGUCCCGGGCGCGCUCCACUCAACAGGACAGCCUGAGCCUGAGAGAGAGCACCCGCUCAGAGCUGGACAGGUACAGGGGCAUGUACGCAGAGGAGCUCCGCCUGCGCAAGUCUCUGGCUGCCAAACUAGAAAGGGCCAACACUCGUCUGUCAGACGCCAAAUCAAAGUUACUGAGUGAACGCAGCAAGUCCCUGAUCUCUGGUUCUCUGGUGAACAGCUCUGCUCUCGGGGGCUCUCUGGGUUCAUCUCCUGGGCCCCUGGGACUGGACCGGAGUCUGGGUCUGUCUCUGCUCAGUCCCGUGAGCCCGGGACACAGCAGAGGGGUGGAGGACUAUCUCGCCAAGAUGCGAAGUGAGUUGGAUAGAAACAUAUCAAAGGAGUUAAGAAGUGCCACUGCAGAGUUGGAGGUGGCGUCGGCGCGUCUCUCUCCGGUCGGAUCCGCCACUCUGGACCCCGUGACCCGAGCCACGCAGGACUAUCUGACCGUGCUCAAGAAGAACUACAACAUCUGAGCUCAAAGGUCACAGGUCACAGGUCACCGCUAAACGCACACCGCUCACGAACACGAUCUGCUUCUGAGAGUUCAUCUUUAUAUUGGAAAAAGUAAAGCUAUAACAAAAGCACAAAACAGUUAUUUUUAAAGCUAUUUUCGCUGCAGCUAACAAAGGCUUCUACUAUAUUUUUGCUAUUUCAGCUUGUCUCAUACUGCAGUCACUGUUGCCUCUGUCAAAUGUACUGAAAUAUGACUGAUCUAUGGGGAAUUAACUCAAAUUUACAAAGAAAGGGCAGUCCAUCUUGGAAAAAACUACCAUAUUUUUCGGCCUAUAAGUCGCUUCAGAGUACAAGUUGCACCAGCCAAAAAAUGUGUAAGGAAGAAGAAAAAAACAUGCUCCAGACUGUAAGUCGCACUUUUUGGGGGAAAUUUAUUUUUAUAAAAUCAGAGACCAGGAACUGACAUUUCCUGUUGAAAGUCAAGUUCUAGUAAUAACAAUAGAAGAGAGAACAACAGACUGUUAACGUCACAUAUGAACAGUUCUUCAGAUAAAUAUAACAUAAACAACAGAACAGAACAAGUUUACCAAACUCUCCAUCUCACUCCAAAUCACUAAAUCCAUUCAAUUCUUCAUCCUCAGUGUCACUCUGUGACCUCUGGAGGUAAACGGAGCGCCACUUCCUCUUCUGUGUCGCUGUCGUCAGACUCAGCAUCAGUUCCAGUUAGAAUUAUUCGGGCCUUUCUGAAUCCCGACAGGAUGGUUUCAGUGUCACUGAAGUUCAGACUUUGUCCAUCCAUCCAGUGACUUCAGGAAAGUUUCAUGGUGCAUCCUCCCGGUGUCAGUUUCUCUCUCACUCCAAACUUUCUUUCUGCUGCUCGAUUAUCGUUUUCAGCUGCAGAUUUCAUGACUUGCAGUUUGUAAUCUGCAAAAUCUGAUUUUGUUUUUGGGGGCAUUUGUGUUCAGUCUUCUCAGUCGUCUUUAUAAGUUUGUUUAAAUGUUAAAUUGUUCAGUGGUGCAGAAGUAAUGGUGCGAUCAACUGACAUGAUACAGACAGGACAGAGGCUCUUUCUGCAGGAGACAUGCGCAGUAGAGUGAAGUGACACUGGUACAGAAUAGUCGUAAGAGAUACUGACACACAAGACUAGAACUUCUCACCGCUUCAAUGUGAAAGUUUGAGUAUAUAAGUCACACCCGAGUAUAAGAAGCAGAAUCACCCAAACCAUGAAAAAUAGUGCGACUUAUAGUCCAAAAAAUACAAAAAUAUGGUACUCUUUAUGUGCAAAUUAGUUCUUGCUGGUUCAUCUUGCUGUUCAGUAAUUGAUGGUAGUACUCUUGGAUCGUCCUUAUGACAAAAUGAUUUAAUCCUGCUUUUUGUCAGCUGCUUUGUCAUCUUAAAGUUUUGAUUUCUUCGUGCUUUUUUCAAUUUUCAACUUUUUUUGUAGCUUGAGAGGCUCAAACUCUAAAAUAUGUUUUGUAAAGUCCAAGAAUCACAUGAACGCAGCAUGUCAUUGUCUGUCGGCUUAAGAUCAGCGUGGCAUUUGUUACCACAAGAUUGGAGGGAUGACAAAAAAGAUCACCAUUUUAUUUUAUUAAAACAAUAUACAUUUUAAUUUAAUAUUAAUUACCUUUAAAUAAUCAACAGCUAACAUAGAAAUGUGUUUAAAUGUCUUUCUCUUAAGUUUGACGUCUGCUCUUAACCACUUUUACUGCUUUUACUGGCAGAGGAUUGGCUCUUGAUUAAAAAUGACUCAAGCUGAUCACUGACCAUUAGAAAUAACUGAACCUCAAACUCGAUUGAACUUUAGUGAAUUCUGCAGGUCUAUAAUAUUAUAUCCUGUACACUAAUAUUACGUCCUAAACACUUAGAUUACAGCCAAAGAUCUGCUCCAUGUUAAACGCCACUAUAUAUCAGCAUUUGUAUGUUUUUAAGUUGCUUUAACGACAGAAGAGGAAGUAGCCGUACGCACAUUGCACUUAACCACUCAGGAGUAAAGGGCACGAUUUAUAUGAUUUUAGUACUGCAAUUUUAUCGAGUACUUUUAGACCGUCAAAGUAUUGUUUUUGUAUAAUCUGAGAUAUUGAGAUAUUGCGGUAACGUCCAGGUCUGAGGUUUGAAUUUGUAAAUAUUUGGUUUGUUAUUCCAUUUGAAUAAGUAUUGCUGGCAUUAUUUCACUCGAUCAUAAGCCAUGAAGUGUCCCAUGGUACGUGCCAUUGACUGGUGCAAUAGACUGAGAUGAGAGUAUUGUGUGUAAUGUUAUUUAUUUGUUGUUUUGUUUUUUAUAAAUGUGAUAUACUUGAAGCGGACGAGCUGGAGACUCUCCGGCCAUUCAACAGGGUGACUACAUAGGCUACGGAACACUACCAGCAUUUUACUGUUGUGGAAAGACGAUAGGAAACACUUAUGACGCCUGUACAGUGCAGAAGAUUUACAAUUGUAAAUAAAAUUGUAGAAAACCCUGGA